AAAACACAAACAUUAUUGAAUACAUUAAGAUCGAUAAGUCUUUUUCUUCAUGUUUGUACAUUUAUAGUUGAAAAUGGCAAGAUUAAUACUAUCCGUAAUUUUAAUUUGGUUUUUUAACGCUUGUUCCCAAGCACAAACUGGUGACAAUAUGAAAGCUUUGAUGACAAAAUUGUUUACUACAGACGGUUAUAACAAAGAAGUACGCCCAAGUCUUAACCAGUCAGAACCCUUACGAGUGGAUUUAGACCUUUUCCUUGUAGCUGUCAAUGGUAUUGAUGAGGUUGGACAAAAGCUGAUAACAACUGGAUUUGUCGACAUAUACUGGAAAGACGAAUAUUUACAAUGGGCACCUGCUACGUAUGGAGAUUUGUCAACCAUCUAUGUAUCACAAGAUAAAAUUUGGAAACCAGAUAUAUCACUACAAAACGGAUUCAAAAAGUUAGAGGAACUAGGAAACGGUUUUAUCAAAGUGAUCAUUGAAAAAGAUGGUAUGUUGAGAUGGUCACCCUUUGAAAUAUUCGAAACAAAGUGUGAUAUUAACAUUGAAAAAUUUCCAUUCGAUGAACAAACUUGUGACAUUAUUUUUGUUGUAUGGUCAUACAGUAUUUCCGAGGUAAAAAUUUCAAAAGGAUCGAAAGGAAUAAAUUUUUACAAUUUCAAAGGUAAUGGGGAAUGGAAAGUUGUGUCGACUUCAGCCACCGUAGAUUCAUCUGCAGAAACAAGAGUCAAGUUUUCCCUUACUGUACGCAGAAUUCCUACAUUUUAUUUGAUAAAUGUUAUCGCACCUAUUGUAUUAUUGGCUGUAUUAAACAUAUUUACAUUUGCACUACCAGUAGACUGUGGUGAGAAGAUGAGUUACUCUAUUACUGUGUUUCUGUCGUUUGCCGUAUUUUUGUCAAUUGUCAGUUCAACGCUACCAAAAACCGCGGGGUCUAUUUUGGAAUUUUACUUAAUGUUUCAACUUGGAAUGGGAACUAUCGUUGUUAUUGUCACUGCUGUGGAACUCCGAUUACACUUCCGAGCAAAGCCUGUCCCUAAAUGGCUACAAGUUGUCUUUACUCUAUCGUUCAUUAAAUACAUGCGAAGUAAAAAGAAUGUUGGAUGUUCUGACGUCAAUACUCAAAAUGAUAGUGCUACCAUGAAUGGUGAAGUCAUUAAGACGGAACGAACCCACACCGACUCUACAGAAUUGACUUGGCCAGAUAUAAUUGCAAGAGUUGACAUGAUUCUAUUUUGGGUUUUAUUAGUUACAGUCAUUAUCAUGACAUUAAUUAUAUAUCUUCUGCUAACUAAUUAGUUAGAUGUUAUAUUUUUCGUUUUAGCGAAGUUGCAUUAUCUUUGUGGUUUUAUAACUUUUCUAUUACACUAAAAUGUUAGAGGAGCACACUUUUUUAUCGAUAAGACUAGAAUUCAUGACAUUCCAUUAUAUUUAGACUGUGCCAUGGUGGGUAAUGUAUGCAUAGCAGGAAUCGCUUACGCUGUCGACGAACAAAAUCUCGAUCUGUUUGGAGUUCGUGUGAUUCCCUAAGUUUUUAUUUUUGGGUGGUAAACUAGUAUUCCGUAUGGAUUUAUGAGCUUUGAGCAUUGUACAGUUGUCUCUUAUUUACAUUGACAAGACAACCUACUUAGAAAGAAUUAACAUAAUAUGAUUAAAAUAUGACUAUUGUAAGUCUUCCAAACUAUCUUGGCAUAAGGAAUACGGAAAAAACGUUCUAUAGGGUGUAAUUUUAAUUGCUGAUGAGAAGAGUGAAACCUUUUGCUGAAAUUUUGUUCGGAAUGACCAUCCGGCAAAGGGAGUGUGUUGAGGAAAAUAUAUCAUUUCAUGUUGAUAAAGGAAAAUAUAUUUUGAAAACUCAGCGUGUUUUUAUAUUCAAUUAAAGAUUAUUGAUUUGAAGUACCGGGGUUGACCUCUGAGGUAAGAGCGUUUAACUUAAGUAAGUUCAUUUGAGUUCUCUAAGGGAAGGUAAUAUGUUGCAGUCGAUGCUUCUUGUCAAGAUGAAUAAGAAUAUAUGUUGUUUAAGGGUGGGGAUCUCUGUGGUUUAUGAACUUUUUUUAACUAUAUUGAAGAGGGGACGGGAUCACAUUCGUUGGUAACUGUUCAAUAUAUUUCAAACACUUUUUGUCAAAAGGGUUAGAAUCAUAUAUCUAUGAUAUAUAUAAUUGGUACUAGUUUAUAAAAAAAAAAAAUUAAAAACUUUUUUUUUAAUAAGACAAUGAAGUAAGUCGUCCCUUCUUUAUGUCCAAAAUAGAAAUACCCUUCACUUGAUCUCACCCGUAUCAAUGAAGAA